AUGGCCGGAGAUGACGAAGACGAAGGCGAAAUGGCGGCGUUGCGGGAGGCUCUGCGGCAGCAGAGUCUUGCCGUCGAGAUGCUCAAGGCCGAGCUGGAGGAGGAGAGGCAGGCGGCGUCGUCGGGGGCCGACGAGGCGCUGGCCAUGAUCCUGCGGCUGCAGGGCGAGAAGGCGGCGGUGCGGAUGGAGGCCGACCAGUUCCGGCGGGUGGCGGAGGAGAGGAUCCUGCACGACGAGGACUCCCUGGCCUUCCUCAAGGCCGUCGUCUUCAGCCAGGAGAUGGACAUCACCUCCCUCAAGAACCGCCUGCUGGUCGUCUGCGGCAGCAACGGUCCCCACGCGCCGCCCCCCGGCCGGGACGGCGUCGUCGACCUCCCCUGGCUAAGGAGGCUGGCCCAGAAAGACGUGUCCUCGGGGAGGAACGCCUCUCUCCCGGCGGCGCGGCUCGAGGAGCUGUCCUCGGAUUUCGAUGCCGCCGAGAGCGUCGGCGACAGCAGGCCGGCGAGGACGGUGUCGGACAUCGGGGAGGUGAUCCGGAGGGAGAAGGAGUGGGUGCGGUCCAACGUGAGCCACCAGGCGUUGCCGCCGAGGCUGCACCGGUCGUCCUCCCACCGUCUCCCGCGGGCGCCGAGCUACUCGGCGCAAUGCGCCAUGCCCAAUGUCCACGACAAGUUUGAGGCGCCGGAGAGCGUCGCGUCCCAUGCCCCUCCGAGAUCCAGCAGGAGGUCGUCGCCGGAGAUAAUCUCCGAAGAAGACGACGUGAUCUCGUCGUCGACGCGGCGCGGUGACUGCAACGGCCCCAAUCCAGGAGACGAGCACGCAAACGGCGCCAUUGCCGAUCUGGGAGCCGGCAUUGAUGAGAUCAAAUCCAGCGUGCAGACCCUCGCGACCGAGCUCGGCAGAAUGAGGGAAAACAGCAUGUCCAGAGGCGACGCGCAGAUGCACGUGCUGGCCGAGAUCUGCGCAAAGCUCGACGCCAUGAGGCCCAUGGGCAUCAGCAAGCAACAGAAUGUUGUUCAUGGAGGCAAGAAACACUCCAUCAGAGAAGUAGGCAGUUCUUCUUCCAAGGGGCCGGUGGCUCUGCCACAGAGUGAGCUUCUGAUGAACCAUUUCAUUGAGGUAUGUGCCAUGAUCUCCUCUGCUCUGCUUGCUAGGCCCUUGGCCAAGGUUGCUGCAUCCAUGUCACUAUUUAGGUGCUUCCUCGUUUUCGUUCUAGCAGUUUUUCUACUGUAUAAGCAACGCAACCCGCUGUGGUAG